AUGCCAUAUUUAGGUCUGAGGGGUAACAAUUUCCCCGUAGCUAUCUCUUUGGCUGCUGGUAUGGGUUGGAUCUUGUUCGGUUUAGAUGAUGCCAUUCUGGGUGCCGUCAUCACUACCACAGCUUUCGAGAGAGAAUUCGAUCUCAGUACUUCCAUGCAAGGUACCGUUACCAGUCUAUUCGAACUGGGCUUUUCGCCGGUGCUUUACUAG